CUGGAUUGUGUAGUGACAGGUGUCCUCGUGAUCACUGCCGGCUUUACGUAGACAUUGCCGUGAAAAUAACGGAAUAAGGAAUUAUUUCAUCUUUCUGCCAACUAUCAGCAGUGCGAUGGGAGGCCAACAGUCAAAAAACAUUGCAGAGAGGAACUACCGGUUUUGGUCUGCUGUGGCCUCGGCUAUUCGAUUAGGCUGGAUAGGAAUCGGAGAAAAACAAAAGGAGAUGAAGGUCACCCAGCUUUCCAUGUUCCCUCUGCUGAUGUGCACUGCAGCCCUGCAGGGGGACAUUGUAGCCCUAGAGGGACACAUGCAGCAGGGCGCUAAUGCCAUGAUGACUGCUAAUAACGGGCGAACACCCCUCCACUUGGCAGCCGGGGAGGGGGACCUGGACACAGUGAAGUUCCUGCUGAAGAAGGGCGCCGAUGUCAACAGCAGAGACAAAUUCAAAGACCCUGUCCUCCGAGAUGCCAUUCGCUGCAAGAGUUUAGAGCUGGUGGAACACCUAGUCAGUGAAGGAGCUCAUCUGGAGACCGCUGGUGAUGAGCUGGGGAGAGAGAUGUGCAGUCUUGCCUACUUGAGUGAUAUGAAACAAAUGGAGAUCUGGAAGGCAGCUGGGGUUCACUUUAACUUCGCUGAUCGUAACAACAGGACUCCUCUUCAUGUGGCUGUCUGCACCAACCAGCCUGAAAUGGUUCAGUUCUGUUUGAACAAUGGGUCAGAUCCUCAGCUAAGAGACUGCUACAAUAACACACCCAUCGCCGAUGCCCAACGCCUGGGGUUCAAACACAUUGAGGAGCUGCUGCAAAUUGACACGGCAAAGAAAGCAGAAGCAGCUACAUUGAAAGUAUUGGAAGUGAAGGCACUGGAACCGUAAAAGGAAU